ACACGCUUCAAUCACAACAUGAAAGUCUAUCAGCUUGGGUUUUUGCUCCUCGCGUUCCUGGUGCCUAGAGGCGCUGGGCAAAACAAUAACAUUGGAAGGGCUGCGCAAAACGAUAACGUUGAAUGUGGCACGGCGCCGCGCAACUCCAGGAUCGUUGGUGGCGAGGAUGCACCCGUUGGGGCGUGGCCCUGGCAAGUGAGCUUGCAAAGACAAGGUGGACACUCUUGUGGAGGGUCGCUGAUCACCAGGGAAUGGGUUCUGUGUGCUGCUCACUGCUUCCCACCAGACCUCAACGCAGUACCCAGUGACUGGACUAUCCUUCUGGGAUACCAAUCCCUGGAUCUGGCUACUCCCAAUGGGGUGAAGCGUACCGUAUUGCAGAUCAUCCUCCACGAGGACUACAACAAUCCGAGCAACGACAACGACAUCGCCCUGUUACGAAUUUCCCCAGUUAAUUACACCAUAUUCAUCCGGCCUGUGUGCCUCGCCGCUCCCAACACAAGCGCAGGAGGCGGAACCGAUGUCUGGGUCACCGGAUGGGGCAGAAUUGGGAGUGACGAGAGUCUUCCGCCUCCGCGAACGCUACAGGAAGUAGAGGUUCCUGUGGUAUGCAACAAUGAUUGCGAUGACGUGUACGAAAUCAUCACUGACAACAUGAUCUGUGCUGGACUCACUGAGGGAGGGCGGGACUCAUGCCAGGGGGAUUCAGGCGGUCCAAUGGUGGCUAAGAAUGGUUCUCAGUGGGUCCAACUCGGCAUCGUGAGUUUUGGAUUUGGAUGCGCUCAGCCUAAUAUUCCAGGAGUCUACGUGCGAGUAUCCGAAUACCGGUCGUGGAUCAUGGACCGGAUCAGUGAAAGUGGCGGUAGCAGGGAGAUGCCAACUUUUGUCACAUUUUCUUCAAAUGAGUCUGCAUGUUCUGGGAUUGCACUCCUCUCUGCUCCUCUACUCCUCACGGUUCUGCCGUCAAUCUUCACCACCCUGGUGCUCAUGUGAUGAGGACCAACAUCAAGUGAAUAGAUGCAAACUAAAUCACGUGUUUGCUGGGUAAAUGGUGUUAAAUGGUAAAUGGUGUUAUACUUAUAUAGCGCUUUUCCACCUUUCUAGGCGCUCAAAGCGCUUUACACUAUCUCGCCAUCCACCUACUGGUGACGCAGUACCAGUACUAGUUACAAUGAGGAAAUUACCACUAAAUCAUUUCAAUAAAUAGAAUUUGCUUGGUACUAGUUACAAUGAAGGAAAU